AUGCCUGCAGGCAACGCGUUGUGCCAGUGGCGGCGCACGCUCGUCGAGCAGCAGCUGGCGCAAAGCGGACCUCGAGUCGCAAAGAAUCGCCACUCGGUUCAGGAACGGCGACUCUUCGAGGAUGUCGGCCGCCAGAUGGAGACCCACAAGCUCCGCUGUGGUGGAGGAAGCUCGGUAGGACAGGCGGCACUGUCUCGCGACAUCGAGGUGCGGCACAACGCAGGCGGCGGCCGCGACACACGUCCUACCUCUUGCGCAGCGUGUAAGGUGGACAACCUUCGUGAAGCCCGCCAACCCGGGAGCCGAGACGCCCAAGAGCCGAACGGCCCGGACCUCGGUUUGUCUCCCGAUCAUUUCGAACGUCUCUUCUUAAACUGUACCACCACCUAUCAAGAUGCAGCACAAGGUGAAAUACGCUUGGACGCCGACUCCGGGCAGCUUCUAACCGAAGUUGCAUCCAUCUCUUGUGAGCUCGAGGCGUCUUUGUUUCCGGAACGUCGUCCAGAGAGGGACCACACAAAACAUCAUGAGCCUGUCACUGCACAAAAGCCGUCUGCAAGCUCGCUGUCGAAGCAAAAGCGCACCUCUAAAUUAGCGAGGUCACGCGAUCGUGCUUGGAGAAAGCGCGCUAAGCUUUCUGCCCCCUGGCCAUCGGCAGAAACCUUCCCGGUGGACGGCGCUUCCACUGCUCCUUUCCAGCCAUCAACAGAAGAGUUCCCACAUCAGCGGGUGUCCGCAGAACCUCGUGCACUAGCGCUAACAGCAUCUCCUGCAGCUACAGGUGAGCUUCGAGUAGAAUCAAGGCAAACAGUUCCACAAGUCUGCAUCUCUAUUUCGUCCAACGGGGCUCUAAGUCAACUGGGAGGGCCGGAGACAUUCCAUGAACUCGAGGCUUUUCUAGCAGCGCCAUUCUCGCUAGAGUCGGUUCCUCACGAAUCGUACGCGUAUUCUGCCGUCCCGCCGCCGUCGGCGCCACCGUCAGCACCGUCGAAGGCUCCGAAGCACGCCGAUAAGCCAAAGAAGCACGACUUGAAGAAAGCUGCCGAUUCGGAUGCUGAGAAAGAGAAAGGUCAUAGCCACCUAAAGAAGAUACGCAACAAAAUCAAGAAGUGGAAGAGGUCACGGCCAAAGAAGCAACCGCAAGCCGAAAACAACGCCGCCAACCCGUCGGUGAAAGCCUCCUACUCUAAGGAGCACGAGUCGUUUGCUCAACCGUUGACAUUCUUGUCCCGUGCGCUGUAUAUUCGUGUGCCAGAAAUGGGCAGCUCUAUACGCCAGUUGUACAUCAUCCUUUGGAAAGACGUCUACAUCAAGCAAAUCCGGCGUCACGUGGUGUGGACCUUGCUCAAAGUGGCGUUCACCGUCAUCGCCAUGUACGGCAUCGGGAAGGACAACCUGGAGCUGAGCUUCGGGGACCCCAUGGGACUGAAACUCUACGGGCGGACCCAGCCGCUCCACCAUUGGGAGCACACGGCCACCAAGAUACUCUACACGCCGGACGUGGAACUGCUCGCCAAGGUGAUACGCAAGGUUCGCGAGGACCUGUCCAUCCCGUCAGCCGAGGCGGUGGCAACGGCGGACGAACUUGACGAUCGCGUGGAGAGCGGAAACGAUCCCUACGGCUCCGUAGUGGGCGUCGUCUUCGAGGAGGACCUCAGCGACGUGCACAACCUGCCGGACCAGAUUCGGUACCGCGUCCGCAUGCGUGGCCGCAAAUUCGACAUACACGUGCGAUAUUGGAAAGAACUGGAGAAACCCGGCCCGCAGAGCGUGUACUCCACGGGCGAGAUGAACGCCUUACUGCCCCUGCAGUACUCUCUGGAGCACCACAUGCUGCACCAAAUUUUGGUGACCAUGUUCGGCGAGGCGACGACUGAGCCGGACCAACUGCUGCUGCAGCGCUUUCCGUACCCGGCUUACUUCCCCGAGGGCUUCAACAGCACUUACAGCCGAAUGGUGUUCCACUUCGGCGUCGGUUUUCUGCUCCCAUUCGCAUCAGUCGUCGCCAAGAUCACCGCUGAGAAGUGCUCCGGAAUGCGGGAGCUUCUGAGCAUUGCCGGCACGAGUGAGUUCGUCUACUGGGGGAGCCAUUUCCUGAGCGCAUCGUUCUCCACACUACUGCUCAGCUGCGUCUGUAUGCUCUUUCUCUUUGUGUUGGGCUCCACGCCAGCGCUCAGCUACUCGGACCCGCUGCUCAUCUUCGUCGUGCUCAUCGCCUUCAACAGCCUCACCAUCCUACACGCCAUGUUCGUCUCGGUCCUGCUCACCAGCAGCCGACUCUCGAUCAUCUUCUCGAUGAUAUACUGGAUCUGCAGCAUCGCCUUGCCAUACCUGAUGCUGCAGAACCCACUAGGCCGUGGCUACUACCUGCGUAGCCGCGCCUCCAAGAUAAUUACAUCCAUGUCGCCAGGCAUGGGCUUGCACUGGGCCUUCAUGGUCAUCGAGCGCUUCGAGAGAUUCCGUGGAGGUGUAAACUGGAGCAACAUGGAUGACGCGGCCUCUACACUAGACAACGUGAGUCUGUCGCACCUGCUGAUGGUUAACGUGUGCACCUGCUUCCUGAUGGUGUUCCUGAUCUGGUACAUGGACAACAUCAUACCCUGGGGUCCGGGCAUCCACAAGCCACCAUGGUUUCCUUUCCUGAAAAGCUACUGGAUUCCUCAGCCCACGAAGAAUGUCAAGAGCCGGUUAAACGCGGACCCAACAUUGUUCGAAUCGGACCCAGAAGAUCUCAUUCCUGCCAUACAAGUCACCAAUCUCAAAAAGUUCUAUCGCAACUUUCUGUUGCAACACAUCAACCUGAAAAUCUUCCGCCACCAGAUCACCGUGCUUCUCGGUCCAGGCGGAUCCGGUAAAUCAACUAUGAUCAAGAUGGUUACAGUUCCCGAACCUAUCCGCGCAGGCCUAGUGCAUCCAUCGAGCGGUCAGAUAAUUGUGGACAACUACGAUGUGGUGCUGCACACGGAGGAGGCCCGCGAGCGCAUCGCAUACUGUCCCGCUAAAGACGUGCUCUUCGAGGAGCUUACCGUCGAGGAACACCUGCUCUUCUUUGCCAUGCUCAAGGGACUGGGUAUGAACAAGAUUCGACCGGAGAUCAACCUGCUGCUCACGGACAUCCAGAUGUCCGCGUACAUGAGCUACCGGCCCUCGACCCUGUCGGACGGAAUGAAGCGACUGCUGUGCGUAGCCAUUGCGCUCCUGGUUGCGUCUAAGUGCAAGAUCAUGGUCUUCGACGAGCCGACGGCCACCAUGGACCCGCACAGUCAGCGCGAGGUGUGGGAACUACUGCUCAAGGCGAGGCGCCACUGCUGCAUCCUGCUGACCACGCAGAACCUGCACGAGGCCGACGUGCUGGCCGACAAGAUCGGAAUCAUGAACAAGGGACUGCUGUGGUGCUGCGGCUCCCCGGACUUCCUUCGAGAGCGCUUCCGCGCAGGCUACAGCAUCCGCAUCACCAAGGAACCCGGAUGCGACGCGGCCGCCAUCGAGGCACUGCUUCGGCGCCACGUCCCACAUGCGGUCCUCAAGCAGGACUCGAACUUUGAGGUCCAGUACGCGGUAGGGGUCAACCCGGGCAGCCGACGCCUGACGGCCAUGUUCAAGGAACUGGACCGUGAGCGGGAGAACCUCAAGAUAGGAGCAAUGAGCGUCGCCAUGUCGUCCCUCGAGGAGGUUUUGGACAAGGUGACCCACGACCCAAGCUUCCACACGGGCGUCGACACUGAAACUCCGCGGCUGAGCGACCAGAACUACGUGUACAAGCCCCUCAGCGCCCCUGAAAGGAGGACGUGCCCACGCCAACUGGCAUGGCUACUCAAGAAGCGCUUCUACGUCUGGCUCCGGGACUGGCAUCCACCCGUUGUCCGUUGGGUGGUUCCCAUGUGCGUGCUUCUGAUGGCGACCUAUUUGCAACACCUGUUCACCGAGGAUGAGAUCUUGUCGGCCGACUUCUACAAGGACCGUCUGUUUUACUCAGUCAGGCAUCUGCACGUGCCGGCGCAGGGCUUCAUCGCCGCCAAUAGUAGCACCGACCCCGUGGUACGCCACCUCAUGAAGCUUUUCGCCGAAGAGGAAGUCCAUCUAGUCGACAUCGGCGCCGAGCACACCAACACGCGCCUCCUAGAGUACGCCGUCGAAUACCCGAGGUCUUACAACUACCGUAUGCUCUUUGGCACCGUCCUCGUAGAAAACGCUACGCCCGUGCUGUGGUUCAACGGCCAGUGCCCGCAUGCAGCGCCACUCAUCGUCAACCUGUACCACUCGGCGAUCCUGCGCAACAUCACGCGCAGGCCAACGGCGCGCUUCCUCCUCUACAACCACCCGUACAACAACGAGACGGCCGCUGAGCGCCACAGCAGCGGCGACAAUGGCGACAGCGAGAAGCAGGACUUGCAGGUGCUGCUACAGAGCAAGAUUUUUUUCGCCGGCGUACCACUCAGCGCCGACACCCUGCUCGUUGAAGUGCUCAUGGGCAUAUUCACACCGCUGGCGCUGUGCUUCCACGCGGCCAGCUUUGUGGUGUACCCGCUUGCCGAGCGCCGCUCCAAGUUCAAGCACCUGCAGAUGAUGACAGGCGUGUCCGGCGCCGUCUACUGGCUCAGCAACUUCAUCUUCGACACCCUGAUGGCCGCCUCCUGUGCCGUGAUCUUCGUGCCCAUCAUCUGCUUCAGCCACAGAUACUUCCACAAAGCCGAGUACAUAGCGAUGCUGGUCCUACUCUUCGUGGCGCAUGGCAUCUCCAUGGUGCCUUUCUGCUACGUGGCGUCCACGCUAUUCAGAGACAGCUCAUUCGCCCUCUCCAUGAUGGUCAUGUUCCUCUUCUUUGUCGGAGGACAUUUCAUACAUGGCUACCUUAUCUUGGACACUCUUCUCUCUAUGUUUAUUACAAUGACUUCGUGCCACAAUGACGAUGAUUUGCGCUCCGACUCGGCAGGUGACCUCGUGUAUAUUUCCGCAGGGCUGGUGGGUGCCCUGGAGACAGUGAUCGUCCACUUCACGCAGACCGUGGCCGAGGCGCGGCUGCUCUCGUUGGUGCCGCAGGCGCUUGACAUCCUGCUCCGCAGCGUGCCCACAUUUACGCUCACGCGCGGCAUAUCGCAGCUGCAGCGCCUGCAGUACGAAAACCAAAUCUGCCAGGCCACCGAAGAGAUCCUCGCCAUCGCCUGCAAGAGCGUCGAGCUCGAACACACGAUCUCGCUCAAGCACUGCUGCAGCGUGCUACCAUCCCGCAACGUAAACGACACCACCGAGGACACCCGCCGAGCGAUGGUGAAGCCGUUCGAGCUGUCGAGCGUCGUAAUGAUCGACGUGUUCGUUAUGCUGGCCGAGGCCGUCGUGCUGCUAGCUUUCGUCGUGGUCAUGGACGCCACCGCGUACGCCAGGAUCCGCAGGAAGCUACAUGGGACGUUUCACCGGAGCGAGAACAGGAGCUCGUCCCCAGAGUGCCAAGAGGGACCACGGCUGGCGACGUCUCCGCUCGACUCGGACGUCGGCCACGAGGCCGAGGUUGUUGAGAAGCUGGGCUCGGGACCCAUUCCACCUGAGUUUGCGCUCGUGGUGAGCAAACUCACCAAGUCCUUCGGCCUCUCCCACGGCGUCAACAACGUCAGCUUCACCCUCAAGACCGGCCAGUGCCUUGGUAUCAUCGGCGUUACCGGGGCGGGGAAGACGGAGCUGAUGCAGCUGCUCACCGGCCUCUCCGAGAGCUCGUCGGGCGACGUCUACCUGGGGUCGCUGUCGCGAUCACGCACGCCCAGGGAGUACGCCUCCAAGAUCGGCUACUGCCCCGACGCACUUGGCCUGCCCGACCACCUCACCGGCCGAGAGAGGUAG